CAGGCGUUCACCGAGUUACAGAGGUGAAAAGUUGUUUCUUUUCACGGCUCGUUUGAUUAUUUAUUGAAGAGAAGUAAUAAGAGAGGGAGCACUUGGCAUUCUGUAUUCCUUUGUGCUUAUAAUUCAAUGCAUCAUAAAUAAUUGAUCCGCUUUCCAAGUCGUUUGGAAUACGCACGAAAUUGAGUGGUGAAUAUUUAAGUGUUUGCAUGCCUCCAGUCUGAUUCACCUUACAUAACGCCUAGCUAUCGUGUCUGUAAUUAUACGGGAGAAUUCAUUGUUGAUGAGGCGCAUUCGGAGAAUUGGGAGCCGGCAAAUUUCAAUAAAUGUCACAUUUGCUAUUCUCGGAUGUCUUUCGUGGAGGUGUCAUGAGAUGGAUGCGUUUGAGAAAUUCCGUUCUGAAUUUAAACUGGAUCUACGAAGUCAAAUGGGGAGUAAAACGCUAAAUGAUCAAGUUGCAUCCAAAAAAAAAUAUUCGGAAAUAUAUUUAGAUCUGCCAAUGGCAUCCAAAAAAACCUGAACCCGUGAAUUUUAAAGAAUUAUGUAAAGUUAUGAUUAACUCUUUAAUUUUACAACUGAUCAGUGAAUCGAUAUUUUACUGAGUCCCGUAGCUGAGUUCACGUUCGUGAAAACACGUUUAUGUUCAAUAUCAUAUGUAAUCAUUUUGAAAAUCAAAAUUUCAGUGAUGACUGCGGUUAAAAUUGAUUCAUAAAUUGAGAACAAAAUGGGGAAGUCGAAGCAACGUCAAUGUAACCUGAAAAAAUUAUGUAGCCCCCUGAUGAGGUCUCGCUCGCGGCAAAAGUCACCGGCCCGUCCGAAGAGACCCCCGUCGCGAACGAUAUUUUCGACGAAAGUCGAAACGUGGAGGUCCCACGGUGAGAAGGCGUACUGUCCCAUUUGCAAGAAGCCAGUAGUUCCGGUUGUAUUGGAAAAACGUAGGAGAAUCACCAGCUCGGGUUUUGCCGCCAUUUGUCUUCUGGGUUGCUGGCCAUUGUGCGCCUUGUUACCAUUGAAGGGUGAUACUAGCUCACUGCAAACGCGCUGUCCCAUCUGCGGCUACGAGUAUCGCUCCCUCGAUCAUGUCAAGGUGAUCUCACCAUCAAAGGCCUCAUCAACAUCGACACUAUCAAAUUCCCGAGACAAGUCCCACUGUCUUCCGAAUACACCAGGGAAAAUUCAUUCCCGGGGAGCAGUGGAGUUACGUGACAAGCAGGGAAUGAAGAGAAUGAAGUUGAUGGAAAUUGAUGGUAAAAGAAGUAAAACGAUGGACAGUGCAUCGGUUCAAACCCAUCUAGCAGUUGAGAGAAUUGAUCACACUCAGCCAUCUGAUGGAUGUGAAUGUCACGAAUCGGCUGACAUCAGUGAAAAACUCUCGUCCUAUCGACUUGUGGAGCAGUUCGAGUACUACAGGCAUCAGCAUAAUGCGUUGAAAUUACCACAAUGUGGAUUUCUUCAUCACAGGUGUAAUCCACGACCCUGCGCAACUCAUCACACCAACCUACCAAUGAUUACGAUGAGUCAUGAUGGAGUGAGGGGAGCCAACGUCGUGAUCUAUGACACUAAAAAUUGCAACGAAUCCACUUGUAAUGGGGAUGAAGCGUGUAAUCGUCUCGAUUGGACAGACAAUGACUGUGGGAUUUCUUGGCCUGAUGAGGGGACGUGUUGUCUGGAAAGACUGGAGGGUGGUGAGGAUUAAAAAAUUGAGGGGAGGUGCAUUUCUUCUGGAG